CAGCCUGGCUCCAAGCCAGCCCAGUGGCCGGCUCAGCAGGUCCCACGGGCGUGGCAGUGGCCAGUAGUAGAGACGGCUCACACCGGCUAGGCAGCAGCACAGUCCCACGGACGGCUGAGUGUGCGGCUGCGGGAGCUUCUGUGGGAGUACAGACAUGAGCCUUUCGCUAUACUAUGCCCUCCCUGCCCUGGGCAGCUAUGCCAUGCUCUCCAUCUUCUUCCUGCGCUGGCCUCACCUGCUGCACACGCCCCGGGCUCCCACCUUCCGCGUCCGCCUGGCGGCCCACCGAGGAGGAUCUGGAGAGCUGCUGGAAAGCACCAUGGAGGCCAUGGAGAACUCCAUGGCCCAGCGCUCGGACCUCCUGGAGCUCGACUGUCAGCUGACACGGGACAAAGUGGUGGUGGUGUCACAUGAUGAGAACCUGUACCGCCAGUCGGGCCUGAACAGGGAUGUGGGCAGCCUGGACUUCGAGGACCUGCCCCUCUACAAGGAGGAGCUGGAGGUUUACUUCUCUCCAGGCCACUUUGCUCACGGGUCAGACCGGCGCAUGGUUCGUCUGGAGGACCUGUUCCAGAGGUUUCCAAGGACACCCAUGAGUGUAGAGAUCAAAGGGAAUAAUGAAGAGCUCAUCCGUGAGAUAGCAGGCUUGGUGAGACGCUAUGACCGUAAUGAAAUCACCAUCUGGGCCUCAGAGAACCGCUCAGUCAUGAAGAAAUGCAAGGCUGCCAACCCCGAGAUGCCCCUGUCCUUCACGAUAAGCCGAGGAUUCUGGGUGCUGCUUUCCUACUACCUGGGGCUGCUGCCCUUCAUCCCAAUCCCUGAGAAGUUCUUCUUCUGCUUCCUGCCCAACAUCAUCAACAGGUACCACUGGUGGGCAGACCUCAAAAACGCUCCACUGCUUAGGGUCCCCGUGGAGAAGGAGCCUGGAUCUUCCCAGCUCCCCGGCUCCCCUCAGAGAUAACCCCCCAAGGUCCUUUAAGGACAGUGGUUCUUACCCAGCAUUCAUGAAUACUAGGGGAACUGUGAACACCGUGAAAUUCUGUGCAAAUGUGGAGUUUUAGGAGGGCUCAUUUAUCCAUCUCAGUCCAUCUAGCAUAUUUUAUUGAACGUCUACUCUG